CUCAUGCAGGACUUCAAGACCGGCUACCUCGUCGGUGCGUCGGCCAAGUCGAUGAUUGUCGCGCAGAUCUUUGGUGCUUGCAUGUCGUGCCUCAUCGUGCCGACGGUGUGGGUGGUCAUGAACCAGGCGUUCACGAUCCCGGGCGACGUCAUCACGGCGCCGUACGGUGAGAUCUACCGCACGCUCGCGAUUACGGCGUCGGUCGGCCUCUCGGGUCUACCCAAGUACUGCGGCUACUUCAUGCUCAUUGGUGCCAUCUACACGGUGCUCUUCAACCUUCUCAUUGACACGUGCUCCGAGUCCAAGAACAAGGUCGUCCGCGUCAUCGCCAACUACUGCCCCGUGCCGAUGGCCGUCGCCAUUGGUAUGAUCGUGCCCGCGUACUUUGGCCUCGAGGGUAUGAUCAUGGCUGCGAUCAUUGGCUACUGGCGCACGGUCGACUGCCCGGGUUUCGAGAAAGCGCAGUACGUCCUCGCUGCCGGUAUGCUCACGGGCGAAGGUUUCUCGGUGCUGACGCAGAUCGUCGUCUCGAUCGCUGGCGCCGAAGCCCCGAUGAAGAUCACGUACGCCAACGCCCACUAGGAUGCUUCUGUAUACAUUGCUUAAAUCGUAAUAGCUCGUGUUGUGUGAA